AUGACGUCCUUUAAAAUUCCGUCGGACUUCUUGAGGGGCGAGUGUCCUAAGGCCUGUCUUCGCCGUUUGUACUUCACCCAGACGUCGCCGCCCAUCCCAGCCUUCAAAGACCACUUUGCCGCGACGGUGGACAAUCUUCUUACAGCAAACGAAUGCCGGGAUCUGCUUCGACUGGCGAAAGAAUCGACCGUCCAGACGAACAAAAGAUCGACCGCGCCGAUAUGGGACCGCGCAAUGGUGAACGUGGGCAACGGCCAACAGACCAUGUUGAUCGACACGCGGAACUGCGGACGCAUCCUGUGA